AAUACUACCAUUUCUCCAUAAAACCCCUCCGAUUUCUCCGUUAGCAUAACUCCUCGCUUCUCAUAUUGUCCUAUGAUUCUCUCUACCUAAUGGGUUCCGAAGCGAAAGACACGCAAAUUCAGAAUCCAACUGAAACAGAAAACCCCAACGACAAACUUAAUACCGUUUCACUUUCACCCGAAAAUCACGCUAACGGCUAUCAACCCGUUACUACCAACAACCAUAUUACUACUACUUACCCUUAUGGCGGUGACCGUACCUUAAGUCACAGCCAAGUAGCGUUAGUACAGCCUCAUUCACUUCUCCCCACGCCCAUGCCGCCGCAGAUUAUGAAACCCAACACAAACGGCCACGUUCCGUCCACCUUCCCCGUCGCCGGCACCAUGCCAGCCAUCGGAAGCUUUCUCCGGCAGCGGAGCAGCGACCUCUCGGCGGCGAUCGCGAAGCGCGUCUCGUCGUUCCGGCAGUCCGUGGAAGAAAACGACGAGUCGUAUAGAGAGGGGAAUCGCGAAGUGACGGAGUUCAACCUGUCUGGAGUCAAGGUCGAGGUGAAGCUGAAACAGGAGGAGGAACCGGCGAUGAAAGGACGAAUUAGCUUCUUCUCGAGGUCCGGUUGCAGGGACUGCACGGCGGUGCGGAGAUUCUUCCAAGAGAAAGGGCUUAGGUUCGUGGAGAUCAACGUCGACGUGUUCGGCGAGAGAGAGAUGGAGCUACGAGAGAGAACAGGAACCGUUUCGGUGCCGCAGAUUUUCUUCAACGAGAAGCUGAUCGGAGGAUUGGUGGCGCUGAACUCGCUGCGGAACAGCGGCGAGUUUGACCGGAGGGUGGCGGAGAUGGUCGCCGAGACUGUUCCCGGCGGCGAUGCGCCUAUGCCGCCGGCGUACGGAUUCGAUUAUGUGAUUGACGAUGGGAUUGACGAGAUGGUUGGGGUGGUUAGGGUUUUGCGGCAGAGAUUACCGAUACAGGACCGGUUGAAGAGGAUGAAGAUGGUUAAGAACUGCUUCGAAGGGAACGAGUUGGUGGAGAUUCUGAUUCAGCACUUCCAUUGCGCGCGUAACGAGGCUGUUGAGAUCGGAAAACAGUUGUCCAGGAGGCACUUCAUCCAUCAUGUUUUUGGGGAAAAUGAAUUUGAGGAGGGAAAUCAUUUAUAUCGUUUCCUUGAGCAUGAACCUUUUAUCCCCAGAUGCUUUAACUUUCGUGGUAACACGAAUGACAGUGAACCAAAGACUGCAGCUGCAAUAUUCGCUAGGCUUACCAAGAUUAUGUCUGCCAUUCUUGAGUCUUACGCUUCUGAUGAUAGGGAACAUGUUGAUUAUGAGGCCAUUAGCAAAAGUGAGGAAUUUCGUAGGUAUGUAAAUAUGACUCAGGAUCUGCAGCGAGUGAAUCUCUUGGAACUAUCAGAAAACGAGAAGCUUGCUUUCUUCUUAAAUCUGUAUAAUGCUAUGGUCAUCCAUGCUUUUAUUAGUGUAGGGUGUCCAGAAGGUGUAAUUGAUAGGAGAUCCUUCUUCAAUGAUUUCCAGUAUUUGAUUGGAGGGCAUCCUUAUUCUCUUAAUAUUAUCAAAAAUGGGAUCCUAAGAUGCAACCGGAGGUCACCAUAUUCCUUAGUGAAGCCCCUUAGCACAGGAGACAACCGUUUAGAGGUUGCUCUAGUCAAGUUUAAUCCGUUAUUACACUUCGGACUUUGUAAUGGUACAAAGUCUAGCCCAAAGGUGAGGUUCUUCUCACCCCAUAGAGUUGUAGAUGAAUUAAGGGGAGCUGCAAGAGAGUUCUUUGAGAAUGAUGGAAUUGAAGUGGACCUGGAGAAGAGAACCGUUCAUCUAACUCGGAUUUUCAAUUGGUUUAGUGGGGAUUUUGGACAAGAGAAAGACAUACUAAGGUGGAUAAUUAAUUACUUGGAUCCAAAUAAAGCAGGUCUCUUGACACAUCUUUUGGGAGAUAAUGGACCGGUUUAUAUCUCUUACCAGACUUUUGAUUGGUCAAUAAAUUCUUGAGAUUCAGCCACUGAAUAUACGGAAUGUUUAUUGGACGUGUCUUAUUCCAACCAAAGGAGAGAUUUUAAGUGAUGCGAUACCAAAGCAGAUAAUUCGUAGAUGUAAUAUCAUUUUCGCACGCCUCAUGUGCCAGACCUGUUAUAUGCAGAAACUCUAGAUCGUAUAGUUAAGAUUAAGAUUUUUUCUUUAGAAAGAAAAAAAGUUGGCUGUAUUGAUAAAUACAUUACAAAAUCAUAGGUAGGAACAGAUUCUAUAGAGGUUUGACUAUGAUGACGUUGCAAACCGCUUCGGAGUUGUGGAGCUGUCUUCCCCUGUAAAUAUCAUUGAACUAAUGGGGUGUUAUGUCGGUUGCUACUAUUUUAUUAUGCUAUAGCAAAAUUUAUUGCGAGAAUUUGUUUGUAUU